CACUCGCUUCAGGCGGAGGUUUCUGGGCUUCUUCGCUAGACGCACUUCCUUUUUGUCCGACAUCUUAGCGAGGCGAGGUGGUAGCGGUUGGUCUCCCGGCUUCGCUAUGCCGCCUAAGGAUGACAAGAAGAAGAAAGAUGCCGGAAAGUCGGCCAAGAAAGACAAAGACCCAGUGAACAAAUCUGGGGGCAAGGCCAAAAAGAAGAAGUGGUCCAAAGGCAAGGUUCGGGACAAGCUCAAUAACCUAGUCUUGUUUGACAAAGCAACGUAUGACAAACUCUGUAAAGAAGUUCCCAAUUAUAAGCUUAUAACUCCAGCUGUCGUCUCUGAGAGACUGAAGAUUCGUGGCUCCCUGGCCAGGGCAGCCCUGCAGGAGCUGCUUAGUAAAGGACUUAUUAAACUGGUUUCAAAGCACAGAGCUCAAGUAAUUUACACCAGAAAUACCAAGGGUGGAGAUGCUCCAGCUGCUGGUGAAGAUGCAUGAACAGGAAUCCAGACUUUUCACCAUGGACUUCUUGAAUCUAAAAAGAAAAAGGGCAAGUCCCUGCCAGUUGUGAAAAGAUCCUCAGUAGAUCUUUUUUCUCUGAAUUUUGAGUAGUGUCAAACAAAAUAGUACAAUGAACAUCCAUGUACCUCUCCCCCAGAUUCACUGUUAACAUUUUGCCAUACUGGAUCCAGUUUGCUUAUAAACACAUUUCCUUUCUGCCAAGAACAUGAGACUUAAUUCU